GACGAACGCGAUGCGGUCGACGAGCAACAGCCUGGCGAUCGCCACGGGGAUCCUCGGGAUCCUGAAGAGCCUGGACUUUCAGCUGCACAGAAGAAAGCUGCUGAGCGCUGGCGGAACCCGUCAAAUUAUUCCUGGGUGGAUCACUUCAUCGCAGAGGAGGGCUCUUCUGCAGGCCACCGUCGAAGUGGCCCCCAAUUUGACAGUAGCCCAGGAUGGGAGCGGAGAUGUGAAGACGAUUAAGGAAGCAAUUGAGAUGAUCCCUAAGAAGAGUUUGGAUCCGUUUGUGAUUUAUGUGAAGAAAGGGACUUAUGAGGAAAAUAUCGUGCUCGAUAAGAAGAUGCGGAACGUGCACGUAUACGGAGAUGGUAUGUACGAUACCAUUGUUUCGGGGAGCUUGAAUUUUCUCGAUGGAACGCCGACGUACUCGACGGCAACUUUCGCUGUUAUGGGCCGAGGAUUUAUGGCCAAAGACAUGGGCUUUAAAAACACAGCCGGGCCAGAAAAGCACCAGGCCGUGGCCUUCCGUUCUGGGGCCGACCUCUCCGUUUUCUACCGUUGCUCCUUCGAAGCCUAUCAAGACACUCUCUAUGCCCACUCAAACCGACAGUUCUACCGAGAAUGUGACAUCACCGGAACCGUCGACUUCAUCUUCGGCGAUGCCGCCGUAGUUUUCCAAAAAUGCAACAUAACCCCAAGACAGCCUUUGGCCAGCCAAAAGAACAUAAUAACGGCCCAAGGAAAGAAGGACCCCAAUGAAAACACGGGCAUCGUGAUCCAAGGGUGCACAGUUUCCGCCCCAAAUAAUGUAACGGCCCAAACUUAUUUGGGCCGGCCCUGGAGGCCCUACUCGACAACGAUUUAUAUGCAAUCGGAUAUCGGAUCGGUGGUGGAUAGUGCGGGUUGGCUCUCGUGGGUACCCGGAACCGACCCGCCAGAGACCAUAAAUUAUGCGGAGUUUCAGAAUACUGGGCCGGGCUCGAAUACUGCAGGCAGGGUUAAAUGGUCCGGGUAUAAUCCAACAGUUAGUGCUGAGGAGGCAGCCCAAUAUUCGGUCCAUAGGUUUUUGGAGGGAGCUGAGUGGAUUGCACAGAAAGGGGUCGCGUAUGAUUCAACUCUUUGAUUUUCUUGCAUUUUGUGUGUAAUUUAUCGUAUAUUUAGCUUGCUAAGUGUUUGAACUGGAAAAAAAAAAGUUAGUUUUGGUUUUCUUUCGUAACGAGUAGAUGAAUGUAACUUGUAACUUGGUUUGUGAUAUUUUUUUUCAGUAUA